AUGUAUCCCUCUUUGCUGUUAGCUCUACUUGCAAUCUCCACCAAGCCUGUCUUGGGUAACAAACAUCAACUAUACUCAGGCUUUUUUUCAGGAUCGCAACUUUAUGGUAUCCAAUUUGACGACGAGACUUCCACGCUGAUAGUCAUCAAUAACAUUACUACUAACAGCUCUAAUGGAUCUAAAUGGAUCGCAAUUGAUGAGCGACGGGAGAAUAUCUAUGUUGCUUCUGGAGCCUCCUACAACAGCUACACAAUCGCUAGCAACCUAGGACUAACUCUCACGAGUAGCCUGGCAAUAUCCGAAACCUGUGAUAAUCUCAAUUAUAUUGUCUCGUCGCCUUCAUCCCCGUACACAGUCUUUGGUGCACCUUACAGUAUCGGUUGUUCCGGACAAGCAAUUACUAUAGAUCAAUCUGGCGCCCUCCAGUCCAUCGUUGGUGACAUCACUUACGGGAACAGCUCAGGCGUACACGGCCUAGCUGUCAACCCCAAGGGCUCUUUUAUUUACUCAGCUGACGACAUGGGCAAUGCUGUUUGGGUCCACUCGUUCGACAGUACUACUGGCGCUAUCGAGGAAGUGCAAUACCUUGCGGCGCCAUCGAGCGCCAACCCGCGGCAUUUAGCAGUGCAUCCCAAAGGAAAUUACGUCUAUGUCGUCUUUGAGGAAGGCAACAAGCUCGCUGUUUACUCUAGGGAUACCAGUACUGGGAAGCUGACAUAUACCAACACCACAUACCCCCUUAUCCCAUCUACUUAUACAAACACAUCAUCCUACAUGUCCGACGAGGUCGCUUUCUCGGUCAGCAGCGCCGAGUCACCUAAAUAUCUCUUUGCCUCUUCACGGUCAAGAUAUACAUCUUCACCCGGCUACGUGACUGCCUUUAGCCUUGAUGCAACAACGGGGGCUAUACAGGAGCAACUAUUCCUUUCUCAGACGACCGGUAGCGGUGGUGGGGCUAAUUCGGUCUCCCCUGCCAUCUUUUCGGAAGACUACUUCGCUAUAACGGACAGUGGCAGUAACUUUAUCGAGGUUUGGCAGGUGUCAGCCGAUGGAAGUGCGGCGACUGUGGCUGCGCACCUCGAUCUAGAUAAUGGGCCAGCGAAUGUGGUGUGGUAUAGCUAA